CGCUCCUAUAUCUCAGCCUUUGUCCUCGGCGCGAAAUGCUUCUCAAACCUCAAUAUCACCCCUCUACCAGGUGAAUGUCUGCAUUGGCGAUGGCUCUCGAUCUUGCGUCCCUUCCGCGUGUUCUCCGAUUCGGACAAAUUUGCGACACGUUGAACUUCGAGGGAGCCUCCGUUCGCCGCCCCAAUUUUGGAAUACGCCGAUGUAUCCAUACACAACCAGUGCACUAUCUGGCAGAAAGAAGGCGAGCAAAGUCAAAAAGAAAGACAGUAGACGUGUAGCGGUGGCUAAAAAGCCUAGUUCGAAGGUGGAAGACGACGCACCUUGCUUUGACUCGCCGGAGGAUUUACCGCUGGUAUCGAAUCGUGUCGAAUUAACUGAAAGUGGUGGAUCUAUGGUGUCAGAGGCAACUCUUCCUCCUGUAGACUUAGGUCUCAAUUCAUAUAGUCGAAAAGUCCUCUCACGACCGUCUAUCGAUAUGAUUUCAGCGUAUAUGGAGGAGGCGCAUGCGCAAGAUGGACCCGAGGCGCUGAACCGUCUGAAACACAAAGCUUCUGUAAAAGUAUCAAAGUCUUUUAUCGAACAGGAAGACGUGACAGUACGGCGUAUUCGCGACAUCUUGGUGAUGCCGGUGUUAGGCCCUCCACUUCGAAAGAUCGAACGUUCGGUGGAUUUACCGCCUGACUUGAACGACUAUUUUGAGAAAUAUCCCCGUACGCAUCACUCUUACAACGCGCUAAUUUGGAAGCUUUCUCAGCGAGGGAAUUACUCCGAGGCCAAGCGUAUGUUAGAGAGCAUGAAGGAGCACAAUUUGAAGCCCAACAUUCAGAACUAUACGUCUCUCUUGCUUGGCUGUCGAAAGACCAAAGAUACGAAGGAGAUGGAAAGUUUGCUAAACCAGAUGCGCUCAGAGGGUCUCGAGCUUGACCAAUAUGUUUUUGGAACCGUUGUGGACAUAUGCGUCGAAUCAGGCGCCCUAGAUAAAGCUUUCGAAUAUGUCAAUACGUUCAAACAACUUCAAAUUAAGCCAAAUGCUGAAGUUUUUACCUCUCUAAUUAAGGGCUGCAUUCGCGAUAAUGACAUUGAUCGAGCAUGGAAAGUCUACCACCACAUGCGUACAUGGCACUGCGAACCCGACGAAAUUACGAUUGCUCUUAUGAUUUAUGCCUGCGCUCGACGUUCAGAAACUGAAAAAGCUAUGCAACUGUACCGAGAAAUGAAAUCGAUGGGAAUCCGACCCACUGGGUCGACCUACGACUCCUUGCUUUAUGCCUGCCUUCGUCGUCGCGACUAUUACUCGCAGGCAUUUGAAAUUUUGAAGCAAAUGAAGUCAGAGGGUGUUCAACCAGAUGCCAAAACCCUGUCCUCCGUUCUUGGCGUAUGUGCCAAAGGCGGAGACGUGCCAACCGCUGAACUUCUUUUUGACGAAAUCAUCGAACUCCCAGGCGGAUCUAACAGCGAAUACCCGUACGCCUACAUGAUUGAAGCCUACAGUAUGGCACACAGAAUACCCUCCGAAAAAGAAAAUUUCAAAAAAUACUUAUCCAAAGGAGAAUUGGUUUUUGAACGCAUGUUGUCCGCCGGCGUCAAACCAACUUCACAUUCUCUCAACAUGCGCCUACUUCUUUACACGAAACCCUGUUUUCUAAAUCGAGCCGUAGAGUGGAAAAACUCGUUUAGAAAAGUCUAUCACGUAGAACCCAAUGUGUACACCUACAACUUAUUAAUCGCCAUGUACGCACAGGCUCACCGCAUGGAAAUUGCCCUGGACCAGUUCCAUUUAAUGAAGGCAGAAGGGCUGACCCCGCAAUUUACCACCUACCAAGAGCUAAUCAAGGGCUGCACUAAAAACCACAUGUACAAUACGGGCAUGAAAAUUUUGAGAGAAAUGAAAAAAAACGAUAUUCAGCUGCUACCCGAGUAUCCAUUUAUCAUGAACUUUCGAAGGCUGCUAGUGAGGACGCCUCAUCUGAUAAGAGAAAUCGACAAGCUCACAGGAAAAGCCUAUCGAUAUGUUCCACCAUGGAGAAAGCCAGGGAGAUCAAGAAAAAUAGUCUAUGGCCGACAGCUUUCCAAGGAGGAGCGAAAGCGGUCCCCAUUAUAUGGCUAGAUGUCCUCGAAAACCAUGAUCAAAAAAGGCCUGUCCCGUUCUCCGAAUCCUGUCGUCUACACAAAAAACGUAUGUGUGCAAAGAGGGGCACUGACUCACACUUUGACUCUGAGAGAUAUGCUAUGUAUACCUGCGUCCUAAGAUAGAUUGCAAACAGAAAAUACGGGGUGGAACAAGACGUCGCGUACACUUCGUCACUUAGCAAACUGAAUUAUUCAAUCUUAUCAGUACAGAAUAAAUCGGCAUACAAAGUUGUAUCGUACAAUCAAUUGAUGCACAAAAA